CUCCAUGGAGAGGUAGCUUGUGGAUACUCACAUGGAGAUCAUGACAGCACCUUAAAAAAUUAAAAGGAACAGUGAAGCCAUAGCAGCCCAAAAUUGCUCAUAGUGGUCAAGAGCCAGGGGAGACUUUGCCAGCCACUUAAGUACCUUUUGGGUGCUUUGUGGGUAGGUGGGCUGCCUUUGGUGGUUGCCUGCUAACUACUUGGCAAAAGCAGCAAAGGUGUUUGGCCACUCUUGCCAAGCUGCUUACUUGCAGUCAGAUCCACAAUGUUGUCCAGGUUCGGGCAAUAAAACGACUCAUGUAGCAGACAGACUGAGUUAUAAGCUAUGGAUUUUGGAAGUGGUUUAUGAUCCAAGGAUAAAUCACCAUCCUGGGUUUGUGCAGCAUAACAAUCUUUUAUAGCGUUUAAGCCCGAAGAGUUGCCAUUUUAUGUGAACUAAGUCAGCAUGUGUUUGGAAGCUCAAAGUGCAGUCCUAUGACUUCCCAACAUUUCCAAGAAGCCUUUGUCUAGAAUUGCAUCCUAGGAAUAAUUUAAACAUUUCAGAGGGUGGAGAAACUAUAUGAUACUUUUUUGUCAACUGAGCAACUCUACUUCUUACUUUAUAAAGGUGAUUCGACCUGUGGCCAAUGUGCUAUUUAUCACAGUUUGGGAUUAACAGGUAUUCCUAUUAUAAAUGUUAACAACAACUGUGCUACUGGAUCUACUGCUUUGUUUGUGGCCCGACAGCUAAUCCAGGGAGUAUUGUGCAUAGCAGAAUCAACAAAAAGAAACAGCACUGUUUUUAUUACAAAAAUGUCCCUCACUAUUUGUUGCUGACUUCAGACAUAAGUACCAGCCAAAAGAUAAGUUUUUGGAUUUAAAUUAAACUCUGUGUAUGCAUAUAUUGCGCAGUAUUAAAUGAUGAUGCUUAAAACAAGAUUCCUUGACCUGAUGCUCUCCAGCUGCUUUCAAUCCCAACUCACAGAAUUUUUGACCACAGCACAUGUUGGUUGAGAUGAUGGGGGUCAACAUCUCCAUUGUUUGGAAGGCACCUGGUUGGAAGAUGCUCUUGUAAGACUUCUUUGCUGCCACAAGAGUGUCCAGACAAAAUGGUCUAUGCUUAAGUUUUGUGUUGUGGGUCCUAAUGUUUAUGCACCCAAAAAACCAAGUUGUUCUAAAUGAAUGUAUGGAUUGAGUCCGUGCAGCUGAAAAACAGCUUCCUCCCUGCAGUACAUCACAAGCUCUCUUUAAAGCUGUAGGGAGUUUUAAACAACUACUAAGAAAAUGAACAGCCAACUUUUAGCAUAGUGUGAGGGUAUAUUUACUAAAGCUUUGGAAAGUUUUGCUGCUCAUGUAUGCCUUCUGCCUGAAUUAAAGUCUAUCAUAUAAUACUAGUUUUUUUAAAAAAUGUAAUGUCUACAGUGUCAGCAUUUAGUAACUUGUAUUUAAGGCUUGGCUAACUGUGUCCUGGCUCUUGGAUUUGAGAAGAUGAAAUCUGGGUUCCUUCCAGCAACUAAUUUCGAAGACAGGUUGAAUCCACUAGACAAGCAUUUGGAAGUAAUGAUAAAUGUGCAUGGGUUAGCAGCGGCACCAUUUGCUCCACAGUUUUUUGGAAAUGCUGCCAAAGAACACAUGGAGAAAUACGGGACAAAACUAGAACAUUUUGCAAAAAUUGCAUGGAAAAAUCAUAAGCAUUCAUGUAAUAAUCCGUAUUCUCAGUUUCAAAAGGAAUAUACUUUUGAUGAAGUAUUGCAGUCUCGCAAGAUUUAUGAUCUUUUGACACUCCUACAGUGUUGCCCAACAUCUGAUGGUGCAGCAGCUGCAGUACUGGCUAGUGAAGAGUUAGUGAGGAAAAAUGGAUUGGAGUCAAGAGCUGUCGAAAUCACUGCCCAAGAGAUGUUGACUGAUCUUCCAAGCUCAUUUGGGAACAGCUGCAUCAAACUGGUUGGGUAUGAUAUGACCAAGGAGGCUGCAAAUAGAUGUUUUUCAAAAACAGGCCUGAAACCUGAAGAUGUGGAUGUGAUUGAACUUCAUGACUGUUUUUCUCCAAAUGAAUUAAUAACCUAUGAAGCUCUGGGACUUUGUCCUGAAGGAAGAGGUGCUGAGCUGGUUGACAGAGGAGACAAUACGUAUGGUGGAAAAUGGGUCAUAAAUCCAAGUGGUGGCUUGCUUUCAAAGGGACACCCACUGGGUGCUACAGGUCUGGCUCAGUGUGCAGAGCUCUGCUGGCAACUAAGAGGAGAAGCUGGGAAGAGACAGGUUCCUGGUGCAAAGGUUGCUUUGCAGCAUAACAUAGGCCUUGGCGGUGCUGUAGUUGUAUCUCUCUAUACCAUGGGUUUUCCUGAAGUGGCUAGGAAUCGGCAAAUCCAAGCUAUUCCCACUAGGGCGGCUGUGGAAGGGUUUAAGGCAGAUCUUGUUUUCAAAGAAAUAGAAAAGAAACUUCAAGAGGAAGGGGAACAGUAUGUCAAGAAAAUUGGUGGUAUUUUUGCCUUCAAAGUGAAAGAUGGCCCUGGAGGUAAAGAAGCAACUUGGGUAGUUGAUGUGAAAAAUGGCAAAGGCAGUGUGGAUAUUAACUCAGAUAAGCGAGUUGACUGCACAGUUACAAUGUCUGAUAAUGAUUUGCUCGCUCUGAUGACCGGCCAGAUGAAUCCACAGACAGCUUUCUUUCAAGGCAAAUUGAAGAUUUCUGGGAACAUGGGCAUGGCCAUGAAGCUACAGAAUCUACAGCUUCAACCAAGCAAAGCUAAACUUUGAACCAAUUUGACUUCAGGAUGUAAUCAAGACUUUAAAAAAUGAGUUCUUAAAAACUAGGCUGGAACUAGAUGUUGGAAGUAGCAUGAUACAGGUUUUCUGAAUAGGUGACCCUAGCUUUCCUGCAGACUGUUUAAUGGCAAUUUCAGCAUUGCCUUCCAUAAAUUGUACUAAACUGUUGCAGAGCUGAUAAAAUAUUAGCAGUUGAUAGCCCUAAGGCAAUGUAUAAUUCUUAAAACCAGCAUGAUGUAUAAUGACCCCUAAUUUUAAUCCAGCUGAAAUUGUUUUUAACAAUUCUAUAAGAGUUCUGCUGUCAUUCUUGUGAAAUUUUAAAAAUAGGAAAGGCAAUGGGUAUAGAGAUAUUACCUGUCUAGCCAAAAUUCUUCCACAAUUUCAUUUUAUCUUAUUUUAUCUCUCAUAGUGGCCCAAGAAAAUGUUGUUCUACAUUGACUGAGGUCCAGAGAGCUAUUUUAGCUAGCCCCAAGGACUUGGGCACACUUAAUGAGAUAUUUUUCUUUGAAAAGCAGACCUGCCAUAUCAUAAACAGCUUUUGAAAAUGCAUUUAAUUUCAAUAAUAGUUUGCUGGGGUGGUGGGGCAAUAUUGGACAACAAAGCUACCACAGGUGAGCAGACACAAUGUUUUUCUUUGAAUUCUAGUCUUUGUCUAAUAGAAUUUGCUUCUUAUUAAAUUAACAGACUGGGGCAUCUUUUAUCAUAUGCAAAUCAAGUUGUCUGUAUGCAUACAAAACGAAUAACAUACCAUUAAUUGUAGUGCUUUCCAUCUGAACAUACAUUUAUGAAAUCAAAGGCUUUUUUAAACACUUGGUUUAAUUAUGAUAUACAUCAUUCUAGAAACUGGCAAUUCUUUAAUAAAUUCCCAUCUGAAAUACCAA